AUGGAGCAGGGAAAAGAGGAGAAAAGGGAGAAACGGACAAGUUCUAAUGCAAGUUCUAAGGUGGUGAGCGGGAUGCUCACAACUCGCUACUUCUACAGAUGGCUCUUUCCAGUAAUUGUCGGGGUGGUGGUUGGAUACACGCUGGGAUUUCUCGGUCAGACGCUUCUUCCAAGACCGUGUAUUUAUAAACAAAGUGCUGGGAGUAUCCAUCAUAGGAGAAUAUUGAAGAAACAUGCUGCUCAGAAUAAAACUAUAGAAAUUUACAAAUGGCCAGAAGACUACGCGGAAAAUCGAUAUGUUCAAAAAUCACGUACUUCUUCUGGCUUCCUUUACGUAGCCAUGAUGUCGGCGGGAAAAUAUCUCGACAACCGAGCUCUGGCCGCUGUUCAAACUUGGGCAGAAGCAGUUCGCGUGAAGAAUCCAAGCGCGAAGAUCAAGCGCAAGUCGUUCUCGAUGAUGCGCUAUCUGGCCGAGCAUCAUUUGGAAGAAUACGACUGGUUUAUGCGAUUAGACGAUGAUGCUUACAUCAGUUGGCCGAUCCUUGAAAAGCUUCUUAGACGACUCGAUCCAUCAGAUAAACUGUACAUCGGCUCCCCUGGCUUUGGAAAAGACGACGGGGACUAUGUCGAAGAAGAAAUGACUUAUUGUAUGGGAGGGCCUGGGAUAGUGAUGUCACGUGAGCUCUUGAGAAAUCUUAGUCCGCAUCUUCCUUCUUGCCUCAAACGCCUAUACACUGAGCAUGAGGAUUUGGAACUUGGGCGCUGCAUUCAGGAGCGGUUGCAGAUCUCAUGCAUCAAAGCCUACGAAGCGAAUCGCCUUUUCAAGCAAAACUAUGGCUACAACAAGCAAACCGAAGAAGAGCGGCUUCGGUACUUUUCUGAUCUCGCAGCUGGGUCCAUUGCUACUUAUCAUCCGAACAAAGAGCCUCAGUAUCAGUUCGAAAUUCACAGAGCUUUCAAAAUCGCGUCCAUCUCGGAUUUGAUCGCGAAAACGACUCAAGUCGAAAUGGAACGUGCUCUCAUGACAGAUCUCCUCAAUGAAAAAGAGCAAUCACAGAGCGCCGUCGGCAUCCCCAAUGGGCUAAAUAGAACAGACAUUUGGGAUCAAUUUUCCAGCGGAAAGUUCUUCUCCUUUCGCACAAGCACACACAAACUCCAGCCUUACUGGGUCGAUGUCAUCAGUUCCGCAGCUCGUGAAAGUGCGAAGUCAAUCUACAAACGACUCGGUCUUGGAGGAAAAAUAACGCGAAUUCAAGUUCCGGAAAUGUAUCACCGACUGACGGAAACUUCUUCUGAGCUUGUCGGGACAAUUAUUGUCAGACACAAUCAUCUGGAGAAUGGAAAACAGAUUCAACAAACUGUGUCAAACAGUGUCCGUGUUAGAAGAUCAUUUCUCAAUCGACCUUUCUAUUACGAGCCAGUCCUUCUUUCUAAAAGCCGCAUCCAAAAAUGCAUAACUCAGAACGAAAAGGAGAAAAACCCGGCUUUAUGUAAAAACGUCAUCGAUGAAAUUACCGUGAAUAUUAUCGUUCCGCUGACUGGUCGAUCAGAUGCCUUGCAUAGAUUCAUGAAGACAUAUUCCUCUCUAGUCAAGCAUCACCAUGAGCUUCUCAAUUUGAUCAUUGUUGAUUUUCCCGCAUCGAAUGCUGAAUUCGAAGCGUUGAAAGAUGAACUCAAAAAUUACCAGGAGAAAAUAUCUAAUACAGAAAUCAAGCUCCUUAGAGAACACGGGGAAUUCAGCCGCGGAAAAGGCCUCCAAACCGGGGCCCAAGCAUGCGAACACGAUGAUUUGUUGUUCUUCUGCGAUAUCGACAUGGUAUUCAACACCGAAACUCUCCGCCACAUCCGUCAAUUUACAGUCCAAGGAGAAGUGGCCUUCUAUCCGACAGUCUUUUCCAAAUACGAUCCAGCUUCGACUCUGAAAAAGGGAAACUUUCACAUUUCCGAGCGGGAAGGCUUCUGGCGAGAAUACGGUUUUGGAAUGGUUUCUCUUUACCAAGCCGAUUUCCUUGAAUCUGGUGGCUUCGAUCAGAGUCUUCAUGGCUGGGGAUUAGAAGACGUCCAUCUAGUUACAAAUUUUGUUGCAAAGGGAAAGGAUAUCAUGCGGGCAAAUGCCGCAAGUUUGGUCCAUCCGUGGCACCCGAAAUUCUGCGCAGAAGAUCUCAGCCAAACUCAAAGAGAUUCUUGUUUCCGAACUCGAGCUUCCCACAUCGCCUCUCAGCCGAUUCUGUAUCAAAAGUGGCUGAAGAAGAAAAACUAG